AUCAUCUUGAAACAGGCGCCUACCACAUAACAUCAGUGUGAUGAGCCCCAUCCAGGAAUGCAACGUCCUGUUAAGAGACUCUUGGCUACCGAUGUACAGCUUGUUCAAACCCAGCAACAGAAUUUGGGGCUGUUUUUAAGCUGUGCUUGCUCUGGUGGCCCUUCUGCUUCAUAGAUCUACAAUUGCUGGCAUUGUCAGUGAAGAUUUUUAGAGUUCUUUUCCUUCUCGGCUCUCAACCGACAAGAUGAUCGACUUGAGCUUUCUUACAGAUGAAGAGCAAGAGUCAAUUUUGAAAGUGCUGGAGCGAGAUUCAGACUUAAAGAGAACUGAAGAGGAGAGAAUCAGGCAUUUACCUGAAAAAGUAAAAGAUGAUACCCAAGUCAAGAAUAUGAGUGGGCAGUGGUUUUAUGAAGCCAAGGCAAAGAGGCACAGAGAGAAAAUACAUGGAGCCGAUAUUAUCCGGGCAUCAAUAAGAAGGAAGCCCUUGACAACAGCUGAGCUGAGUCAGAGUAAGUCGGGCAAUGCCAAAAGCAGCUGGGUGAACAACGUCAACAAAGAGAUCUUCGCGUCGCCAGAACAGUUGGGUGUCACUGAAGAUAAGGAGAGGGAAUCGAAAUCUAACCAGAGUCCUAAAAUGUUCAAUGCAGCCUCCAACACAUUAGAGAAACCCCAGGACGAAACAAGGAAGCCAGCUCUUUCACCAUCUAAGCAAAGGAAAAAUCCAUUUAAUGACUCAGCUGGACCAGAAGACAAUGCAAAAACUGAGCAGCUGGAAAAUGGAAUGGCUGAUUCAUUGGAAACAACAGAGAAAGUCACUCAUUCACCUUCAGUAGAAAACCAAUCCAGAGCAAAUUUAUUGAAUUACAGCAAAAUAGAAGGAUCACAAAAACCUUCUAUAGAACCAGGGCAGACAGGAAAAAUGCCUAUACCAAAAGCUAGGAAAAAUGCCCACAAGACCUCAGAUGUCACCUUGCAGAGUAAAGAUUCCUUACCCAAAGUGCCUAAAAGGAUCAAGCAGAUCAAUAGCCAAGGGAGGCCACCCAAGAGCAUCCUCAAACGAAGCUCAAGUUCAAGUUCCACAGAUUCUGAAGUGUUGCGUCUUAGUCAAACCUUGGAACCAUCUAGUAAAAGUGGAUUACCAACCUCCACCAUCCUUGAAGAUGUUGCAGAGAAGAGCCCUCCCUCAGGAGAAGACUACUCGCAAAACUCACUGGAAAGACUAAAGCAAGUCAAGUUCUCUUCCAGUAUAAAUAGAAAUGAAUGUCCACCAAAUCUUGAGUUGCAUGAGGGCAAAGAACCUGGGGAGUUCAGUUUGUUAGACUCCGACUGUAUUAAGACUAAUGAUAAAGUAAAUUAUUUAGAUACACAUCAAAACAGGGCAUCUUGUCCAUCAAAGCCACCACGAUCCUAUUCACCAGCUUUAAAUGGUAAUGUGAAAGAUGGACAAGUAUCUCAAGAAGGAGAAGCACCUCCAGGUUCCUACAGUUUUAAUGACUCAGAUCUGCCAUUGUUGGUAAAAAGUUCUCCCGUAGAAGCUGUACUUCCUGUGGAACCAUCCAGAAAGAUUGUUCCCAGCACUGUGGACAAGCAAACUGUUCCAGUUCAGUCUCAGACCAAAACUGAGCAGCUGAGUCCUGAGCCAAGUGCCACCCCACAAAGCAGCACUGGCCAGGAGUUGCCUUUGGCUGAGACAGAAGAACCUGAGAUGCCAAAAACUGGCCACGCAGACCUUGAACAAGGUAAGCCUGCACUUGUUGAGGGUCACAGUGUUGACAAACAUGCUGCUGAGAAUUUGAAGGCAACUGAUGAAUCCAUAUCCAAAGUGCUAGACUGGUUCAAAAGAAGUUCCGGUACCGCCGAUAAAGAAACAGUUUUGAUAACCCCUCAAGGAAGGGCAUUUGCAGAAGAGAUGGACACCCCAAAGCCGAUGGAAUUGUCUGUAACGGGAGAAGAUAAUGGGCCAAAUACAGAUACAUUAAAUCUGAAUCCCUCUCUGAAUGAAAGAGGCGAGCCAGCGAGCGAAGUCUUGAGGCUCGGUGAUGUCCUAAAGCAACCAGGACAAUUAUCGUUUUUGGAAAAUGAAAGUCCAAGCAAUGUGUUUCUAGGAGAGCAAGCUAGUUUGAAUCAAAGCAGAGAAAAACAGAAUACAGCUUCUAGCAGCCAAGGGCAGAAUAUUCAUAUCGCUAAGAAAACACAUCUCCAGACCUUUGAUCAGAGUGAGAACAAGAUGGAUAAAAGCAGUGUGAAAGACAUACCUGAAGAUGCUUUGUGCAGAAGACUAAAAGCUUUUGAAGAUAAAGCACAUAUGGGCUUGAAAAGCACUGAAGCUCCUUUUGGAGGAGAAAUGAAAACUAGCCCACAGGUAUGCACUGAUGGAGAGAGAGAUGUUAAAUCUUUCUUGGAAGAAGAAAACGUUGAGCCUAAAUCUGGAGAAACUCUGAAAGAACCUAAAGGAAAGGACUGUAAUUUUCUAGACACAGAAAGCAUGCCCCAUGCCAACAAUAGGGGUAACCUGGUCUUGCAACAACAUGAUUUAAAACAAUCAUCAGUGAUAGGAGAUAAGAAAAGAAUCAAGGAUAUUAGGGCUUUCUGGGAAGGUGGGAAGGUGACUCCAAAGCCUGCAAAUAAGGAAGAUCUUACAAAUGAAAAUAUGUCUAGCUACACAAAGGAAUACAGUGGGAUAAGACCAAUGGGUGGAUCUUCUGGAUAUGUAACAAGUGAAUCUGACAAUGAGCAAAGCAAAUAUAAUUUAGUUACCUUCAGAAAAGUUGAGCUAAGUGAGGAGGACUCUGAAAUGGAAGAUGAUGGUGUCAAGUUGUUUUCAGGAACCAGAGGGCCAAUCCAGGUGCAUCAAUCAACAGGAAGUCGAGUCAUUGAUAUAUCUAAUGAAGUACUUUCAAGUGACCAGAAAAAUACUGACUGUGCAGGAUUGCUGGAUGAUGGCAAUUUGCAACCAAGUCACAAAGCGAUGCCAUUUUCUAAAGAGGAUGAAAGACCAGAGGCCACUGCUUUAGAAAAAGGGAAUAUUCCACCCACUCUGCAACCAAAGCCUCAUUUUAAGAUUCAUUCACUGAAAGAAAAAAUAGAUGAAGAAUCCAAGUCUCAGAUGCUCAACCCUUCCCAGUUUCAGAGCCUGAGAAGCUUUUGGGAUGCGGGGACUAAACUACAGAGCAGGACUGAUGAGACCAUCCCACAGAGGAGUAAGAGUAAUACUGGAAGUUACAUGAAAGAGUUACAAGAAGGAAUCGGAACUAGCCAGGCAGUUUUGGAAGGUGGGAGGUCUGGUUUUCCUCUUCAGGAAGAGAGAAUGAAAACACCCCCUGUUAAGAUUUCACACCAAAGACCUUUAGUGGAAAGAAUUGUGAUUUCAAAGCAUGUGGGAGAACCCAUGCUUUCCCCAUCAGCAGUGACUGUACCCAUGCAUUUAGAUUAUGUCCUGACAAGGGACAAUGAGUCUUCCCAUGUGCUUCCAGUAAAAGAACAUGCAGAAAUAAAAAUUGUUUCACCAGAAAUACAGCAUAGUGUUGUUAACAGUGGUUUUCAGAAACUGCCGGUUGAAGAGUCGCAGGAGUCAUGUUAUCCACCAAUUCCUGAGAAAGGGAUUCCACGGGUGGAGUUGGUAGCAAAGGGUCAAAUGCCUUACAGUGACCAGAUUCAAGAACCUAGUUUUGUCCCUGCAGACACAAAUAGAAGAGCUGUACUUAAGGCAAGUGAGGUUGUAGAAACUGUAAAUAGGGCUUCAGUCCCACCAAAAGCUGAUGAUGAUGCUUUAAAUAAGAGUUUGGAGAAGUUGCUAAAGGAAACUUCUGAUGCACAAGCCUCUUCCAGUCAUCAUAUAAUAGUGGAUGUUUCUGAACCAGCAGCUCCUAUGUCAGAGAAAAGGAAUUUUUUCAAUAGGGUGAUGGAGCGCAGCCAUCAUUCUUAUUCCAGUGAUCAAAAAGAGAGCAGGAUGGAAUCUCAAAGAGAAGGAACUGUUGAAAAACAUGACUUAUGCCAAACUCAGCCUGCUGAAUUUAAAUUUAGCACGGGAAGUUUGCCUAGAUCAUCUGCUCGGGAAGAAAGCUUGCCGAUUCCAUCAGCAGAGUUGAUACGACCUGAUUCCAGUGGUGCUGUUCAGAACAGAACAGACUCUCCUGAGAAAGAGAUUCUUGAGAUGGUGUUUAAAAAUAAUGUCCCACCAAACACAGCAUGCAGCGAUUUGAAUGCUAAACUCAUCAGUCUGUUGAAAGAAUCGGCAAAAUUGCCCACUGCUGAGAAUAUUUUGGAAACACCACUUGAUAGUAUUCCUAAAGAGGGUCAGCAAAAGCCCUGUGAACAAAUGACUGAGGAGAAAGAGUUUGCUUCACCCCAAAUGUCCAGUCAUUUGAGAGAGACAAUGAGUGAGACACUUGUGGGAAGCAAAGAUGCAAAGAAAGAUGACAACAUGCUGAUUGUAGUGCAAGAUGACGCAUCAGAAGCAAUUAAACAAUGUGCAAACCAUAAAGAGAGAAUUCAGGGAGAAUUAGUUGAUGAGCAACCUGAGGAAGUGAUGGAAACAGUUGUGAAAACUAUUAAACCAAAGACACGUGAUCAUGCAGCAUUUAGAGCUAAUUUAAAAAAACUUAAUGAAGACGUGACAAUGUUAGUUGGGGACAUAGAAAUUCCUAAAGUAACACGAACCACAUUACAGCCCAAUCAGUCUGUGAGCUCAGUUUAUGCCAAAGAUGCAUUGGAUACUCAGGAAGUAACUGAAGCAAUAGAAAAAGCUACUGUUCCUUCUAAUUCUAGACAUGCUGAAUUCAAAGCCCGUUUCCAAACAUUACUCAUGGAAAACUCUGAAAUCUUACCACAUAGCCAGAACAAUACAGAGAGUAGCAGCGAGGCACAAAUAAACAGAAAGUCUACUCAGAACAUAGGCUUUAUCAAUCAACAGGAAAUAGACGGUGGUCAAGAAAUUAAUGAAACUGUAAACAAGAAUAGUGCACCCUCCAGAUUUCAGCAAAGUGAAUUUAAUUCUAGCUUACAGAAAUUACUUAAGGAAGCUGCUCAAAGACCACCUUCUCACCCAGAAUAUUUAAGCCUUUCCCAAGAAGAAACUGUAAUGAAAUCUGUUGCUCCAGCAAAAGAUGUUGGUUCAUUGAAGUCUAACUUAGAAAAGUUAAUUUGGGAAAGUUCUGAUGCUGCCUUUCAGCCUCCCACAGUCAACUGCAAGAAAGUUACCUGUCAUUCAACACCUGAUUUAGAUGAACAAAGCUCACCUGUAAAAAUGCCAACAUUGACAGAGACGGUGUCGAGUGAUCACCGUAGUGAACUUAAAAUCCCACUUACAGUGAAGGCCUCCAGACAUGAUAAACAAAUUGAAGAAGGAGCAAACAUUUCAGAGAAUAUGGUUUUCCAAAAAAUUAUCCAUCUUAACCUAGCAUCUUCAGAAACCCCAUGUCUGGAAAAACAGGAGGGUUCUCCUUCCACAGCCAAUAAGAAAGAGAAGAAAGGUAUAGAAGAGGAAGAAACAGAACUUUCCAUGGCCAAUGCUUCGUUAGUUGAUGUCCACAAAAGCCUGAGUGUGGGGCAUGGAUUGCAAAGGUCAAGCACCCCACUCUCUGGAAGUCCUCUCCAAACAAGGGAAGUUGAGCUUCAGCUUGCUGCCCCUCAUACUGGUGAUGACAAUGAUGAUGAUGGAGAUGCCAGGAAUUUUGAGUCAGAUUUUUCAGAUGAAAAUAAAUCCUGUCUGGGAAUCCAAAGAAGUCCAAUAUGUUCGGAGGAAGAGUUGAACCCUGUUAUGAAGGCUCUGAAAAGGAAUUCAAAUAGGCAAAUUCCUUCCAAAAGUCUAGAGGACAUACCAACAGCCACAUCAAAUAAAGAAAAAAUAAACCUUGCCAGGGAAGACUUAGUGCUUAGUGCUGAAGAUGUCUCCACAGCACCUUCUUUCUCUGACAGUCAGUUCUCACGUCCGGAAAAAAUCAAGAUGAUGAGCAAAUCGGUCCCAGCAUUUCUUCAGGAUGAGAGCGAUGACAGAGAGACAGAUACAGCAUCAGAGAGCGGUUACCCACAUGGGAGAAUCACGAAGAGCCCAAGUUCGCUAACCAAUCUUAGUGGCUCUUCUGGCUUGGCGUCCUUGUCUUCUGUGAGCACCAGUGUGAUGAGCGUUUAUAGUGGAGAUUUUGGCAAUGUGGAUGUUAAGGGGAACCUCCAGUUUGCCAUUGACUAUGUGGAGCAGUUGAAGGAGUUCCAUAUUUUUAUUGCCCAGGGCAAGGAUUUGGCUAUUGCAGACGUUAAAAAGCAACGUUCAGAUCCAUAUGUGAAGAGUUACCUGCUACCAGAAAAAUAUAAACUGGGCAAAAGGAAGACAUCUGUGAAGAAGAAAACAUUGAAUCCUGUCUACAAUGAGAUAUUACGGUAUAAAGUAGACAAGGCUGUUUUGGAGACUCAAAGACUGAAUAUCUCAGUUUGGCAUCAUGAUACUUUUGGGCGCAAUAGCUUCCUGGGUGAAGUGGAGCUGGACUUGGCAAACUGGGACUGGAAUGACAGUCAGAACAAACAAAUGAUAUGGUACCCAUUGAAACCGAGGACCCCCUUAACAGGACUAGAAAUUGAAAACAGAGGGGAUAUAAAGAUAGCUCUCCAGUAUGUCCCACAGCCUGCUGGAGGCAAAAAGACUCCAGCCACUGGGGAAGUUCACAUUUGGGUAAAAGAAUGCAAUGAUCUCCCGGUCCUUAGAGGCCCGAAGCUCAACUCCUUUGUGAAGUGUACCGUUCUUCCAGAUACAAGUAGAAAGAGCCGUCAGAAAACAAGAGCUGUUUCGAAGACAACGAAUCCAGUCUUCAACCAUACCAUGGUUUACGAUGGCUUCAGGCCUGAAGACUUGAAAGAAGCAUGUGUAGAACUUACUGUCUGGGAUCAUAAUAAACUUGCCAAUCACUUCCUGGGAGGACUUAGAAUAGGACUUGGAACAGGCAAAAGCUAUGGUACUCCAGUGGACUGGAUGGACUCUACAUUAGAGGAAGCCAGCCUAUGGGAAAGGAUGAUCAACUCUCCCAACACUUGGGUAGAAGACACACUGCCACUCCGGAUGCUGAUGGUGGCAAAAAUGACGAAGUGAAGAUGAUGCUGUAAUAGGUUCCUUCCAGUUGAUAUGACUUGCUGGAGUUUGAUGGAAAGAAGAGCCAGAGAGAUACAAAGAUGAACUUCUAGGGGACCAAUUCUUUCAGGUUUAACUUCAGCAGAGGGCAUCUUUACAUUGCAUAUAACUUUACCUUGUUUUUGCUGAAUGCUACCACGAUAAAGCAGGUUAGUGUCCAAUUAUCCGCUGGUACUGUGUUUUAAAUUAAACUCUUUUAAUCUUUAAUAAAUAUGUAUUAAAACAUGAAAUGUAUUUAAAAUAUUAUGUACAGUUGUCCUGUGUGGUCUUUUAAAUAGAUCAUGAAAAACAGUUAAAUGAUUUCACUAAGUGACCAUGCACCGUUUUUUCCCAUUGUUCUGAGGUUCCCCAAAUCUGUGUGUGAAUAUUUCAUGUAAUAUCACAUGAUUUUUACUUACAUCUUAAUGCUUGAUUAAUGCUUGAAGAGUAGGUAUCAGCUGUGGCUAGGAAGGCCUUUGCACAACUCCAUCUGGUGUACCAGUUGCACUCUUUCCUAGAUUGGGGGGCCCUUCAGACAGUCACUCAUCUCCUAGUCACCUUGCAGCUUGACUACUGCAAUGCUUUCUACAUGGGGCUGUCCUUAAAGACCACCCGGAAGCUUCAACUGGUCCAGAAUGCAGCCGCACAGGCAGUGAUGGGCAUGCCUUGGUAUGUCCAGGUAACACCUCCGCUUCAUGAACUGCACUGGUUGCUGGUUUGCUUCUGGGUGCAAUUUAAGAUGCUGGUUGUUACCUAUAAAACCCCUUCAUGGCAUAGAGCCUGGUUACUUGAGGGGCUGCCUGUCUCCCAUAACUUCUGCCCAGCUGAUUCAAUUCUGCAAGAUUGGCAGGCUCCAGGUUCCUUUGAUGAAAGAAUGUCAUCCCUCAGGACCCUGGAAGCACACCUUCUCUGUAGCAGUCCUGGCCCUCUGGAAUGAGGUUCCCCCCAAGAUCUGGAUGGCCCCCACUCUGCUGUUAUUUAGAUGAUCCGUGAAGAUCUGACUCUUCACCCAGGCCUUCAGUGAGGUAGAGCAAGACCCUUCUCUUCAUCAUGCUAGCUAUCUUAUAUCUUUAUUUUUUUAUUUUUUGCUUUUAUUGUAAUUGCUUUGAUUGUUGUGAGCCACCCAGAGUCAUUGAGAAUUGGGCAGUGUACAAGUUUAAUAUAUCAUCUUCAUCAUCUCAUUUAUUCCACUUAGAUAUGAAUCAGUGCUGACAUUGAGAAAAUUCAUAGCAAUUGCAAGCCGGUAGUGGUACAGAUGAUGCUGUGAUGGGGACUCAGGAGACAAGUGUAGACAAAUGGCUGCUGACUGAAAACACCUAUUCCAGUCACCAAGGUAUCUUAACCAGUGUUCAUCCAGUUGAUGUUCUCCAGAUAUUUUGGACUUCAGCUUCCACUGUCUAGCAAAUGUAGGUGUUGAAGUCCAGCCCAGAUGGUGGAUACUGGGUUAGGGAAGACUGGUCUAGUGUUCAACAUAAUGGCUGAAUUCACUACACACUUAAUUCAGUCAUGGUGGUAUGUUGUGCAAAGACCAUACUCAAUUCAGUAGUAGAGUUAGGAUUAGUUUUGACCCCAAAAAGCCUGGGCUUGUUUUGACUUAAACUUCAUUCCUGAGUCAGCAACAUCCAGUUAGUUGUGGGGAAGUUUCUCAUCCUUGCCUCAUCAGUCUCCCCAGA